AUGCAACAGUUCAAGGAACAGCCUACUAUUUCUAAGGGCGAAGGUAAACACAUUGAUGGACUUGCAACUCUGUUGAAGGACGAACGAAUUCCGAUCUUGGGGACUCUUUCACUGCCAGCAACACUUUCGCCACCAGUGACAGAGGUUAAGAAAACUCCAUUCAAUCGUCGGUUGAUAAAGGCCUUUCAAAAUGCCAUGAGACGAACAUUUACACGCAAUUGGAAACGCCAGAAUUCCCCUAGGGGGCAUAAGGAGCUCUCCAUUGGCAGUGUAAUCGAGAAUAUCGGCCGAGUAAUGCAUCCUGUGGAAAUUGUACUUACUAUGCAUUCGAGGUUAGUUGAAACUAUUGGUGUGGCCUGCUAUUUUUUGAUUAUUUUACUCAUUACACUUUGA